AUGGGGGAAAAACGCAAUUAUGAGAAAAAACACAGUUAUGGGAAAAAACACAAUUAUGAGAAAAAAAGCAAUCAUGGGAAAAAACGCAAUUAUGGGAAAAUACACAAAUGCAACUAUCAGAAAAAACGCAAUUAUGGGGAAAAACACAAUUAUGGGGAAAAACUCAAUUAUGGGAAAAAACACAAUUAUGGGGAAGAACACAGAUGUGGUGAAAAACGCAAGUAUGGGAAAAACGCAAUUAUGGGAAAAAACGCAAAUAUGGGAAAAAACGCAAAUAUGGGAAAAACGAAAUUACAGAAAAAACGCAAAUAUGGGGAAAAACGCAAAUAUGGGGAAAAUGAAAAAAUGGGAAAAUGCAGAUAUGGGAAAAAUGCAGAUAUGGGAAAAAUGCAAAUAUGGGGAAAAUGCAAAUGUGGGAAAAACGCAAAUAUAGGAAAAACGCAAAUAUAG